AGUAUCGCUCCAACCUGACACGCCAUUCACUAUUUGCCUCAACAAGCUGAGAAAUGAUGUAAAUCCACAGUUUCCAGUUUAAUCGCUGGUAUAAAACACCUCGUGGCCAUCUCAAAUAAUAUUCUCGAGUGUAUCCUUCAUCCCCAACCCUUGACUUCAAUCAGACAAUAUGGCAGACGCAUCCAGCUCCCAACCUUGCACUAUGCUGCGGGUCGAUGGCCCUCGCAUCGUGAACCCCGCCGGAGAUACGGUCAUUCUCAAGGGAGCCGGUCUGGGCGGCAUGCUCAACAUGGAAAACUUCAUUACCGGAUAUGCUGGGCAUGAACAUGAGCACCGCGCCCAGCUCGCCGAAGUGUUGGGCGAGGAGAAGGCCACCUUCUUUUUCGACCGUCUCAUUCACCACUUCUUUACUGAGGCCGAUGCCGCAUACUUUGCGUCUCUCGGUCUCAACUGCAUCCGAAUCCCGUUCAACUACCGCCACUUUAUUGACGACAUGAACCCUGAUGUCAUCAAUGACAAGGGCUUCCAAUUACUGGAUCGAUGCGUCGAUAUUUGCGCCAAGCACAACCUUUACGUUAUUCUUGAUUUGCACGCCGUCCCCGGAGGCCAGAACCAAGAUUGGCACAGCGACUCUGGUCUUGCCAGGGCUCAAUUCUGGGAGUUUAAAGACCACCAAGACAGGGUCAUCCAACUAUGGGAGGCACUUGCCAAGCAUUAUAAGGGCAACGCAGUUAUUGCGGGAUACAACCCACUUAAUGAGCCCGCGGACCCCCACAAGACGACAUCCGGACACUACGGCGCGAGACUUGUCCAGUGGUAUGAGAGAGCCGAGAAGGCUAUCCAUGCCAUCGACCCAGAGCACAUUCUGUUCAUCGACGGAAACACGUACGCCAUGGACUUCCGCGCGUUUCCCAAAAGCCCGCUGCCAAACACCGUUUAUGCCUGCCACGAUUACAGCAUGAUGGGCUUCCCUCUUCCCGAGCAGUUCGAAGGAACGCAGGAGCAGAAGGAUAAACUACGCUCAAGCUUCGAACGAAAGGUGGGAUUUAUGAGGGAAAUGAACGUCCCCAUCUGGAACGGCGAGUUCGGACCUGUAUACCAGAACGAGCAGAAAGAGGGAGCCGAGGGAGCCAAGACGAACGCCAAGAGAUAUGCACUCCUUGAGGAACAGCUAUCUAUUUACCGCGAGACCGGUGUCAGCUGGUCCAUCUGGCUAUACAAGGACAUUGGUUACCAAGGAAUGGUCUACGUUGACCCGGAGUCUGCCUACAUGAAGCUGAUCCAGGGCUUUGUCGAGAAGAAGCAGAACCUAGGCCUUGACUUUUGGGGAGUCGUCGACAAGGACGGCGUGAAGCACCUUUAUGAGCCAUUCCUUAAGGGUCUGAAGGAUAUGGUACUAGAGAAGUACCAGGACACAAGAUAUCCCAAGAUCUGGACCUUUGAGCGACAGUUCGAGCGUGUCAUCAGAGAGUGUCUCCUGAGCGAGUACGUCGGCUGGGAAAUGGCUGAACUCUUCCGGGGCAAGACUAAGGACGAGCUGGAGGAACUUGCCGCUAGCUUUUCAUUGGAGAAGUGUAAGAUGCGGGAUGGCUUAAAUGAUAUCUUGAAGCGAGAUGCGAACAAGAAGUAAGAUGGCACUGGGAGGAUAUGAUUAGACGAGUUGGCCUGUGAGCCGGCGUCCAUGACACUCUGACUAAGUAGGACAGCGAGUGUCAUGUAAAGCAGCAACAAUAGAGAUAUUCCUACCAUGGGAAACUACCUAGAAGGAAAGCAGUCAGUCAUUAAUAUACGAAUAUAAACUUG